ACCCUUCCUCCGGUGAGCUUUGUUUCAGAUCACGUAUCUGGAAUCGUCAGCCAUGCUCCUUUUCAACAUUCCGAAGUGUCCGCUGCGGAUCUUCUCGUCUAGCCUCCCAUGAGUCUCGUACCUGGCAUAAGUGGAGCAGGAGCCAUUGGCAUCUUCCGUGCCGCGGCUGUUGGUGGCUUUCCCCUACGUACUCUCUGGGUCGUUAAAUGAGGAUAGACGUUGCCUCACUCCUUGACCAGAGAAAGAGGCUAGUCCUUCACCUGUCAGAUAUUCCCCGACCCAAUCGGGGACCUGUCUGUACUCUGUGUGGUUCGUCCACUUUCAGCAGUUCGUCCGCGCCUCACCGCCCGAGCAGACACCCAUGCAGUUCACAUGGUGCUCGUAAGGCUCAUCAUGUAAUUACCAUUUCCUCACCUCUCUUUGGUUAUUCGUUGUUUACCUCGCAGUCGCUCUUUUCUCACCAUUCCACUCACUAUGAAGUUCUCGUUUUCUCUUCUUACCCUCUUUUCGGGCAACAUUCUUGUCAAUGCCUUUCCUGCUCUUAACCCGAGUCACCUUGAAGGCCUUACACCAGAAAAGCUAGAUGCAGCUAUUCGAUCCGUCAACGAGUUGAAGCAAUCCAAGAGGUUCCUUGUAGACGUCAACAAACCCAUCGAUAUCACCGGUAAACACGCUUUCCAGGCUCCCAAGGGUAAAGACCAGCGUGGACCUUGCCCUGGACUCAAUGCUUUGGCCAACCAUGGAUACAUUUCCCGCGAUGGUGUUACUAGCUUUGUAGAGGUUGUUGCUGCCAUCAACCAAGUGAUGGGCAUGGGUACAGAGCUCGCACUCGUACUCGGUAUUAUGGGUACAGUCUGGACAGGAAACCCACUUUCAUUGGAUCCGGGCUUCUCCAUUGGAGGUCCAGCUAUUGGCCCAGACAACAUCUUGGGAAAUCUUCUUGGCCUUCUUGGUGAUCCACGGGGACUUCAAGGUUCGCACAACUGGAUUGAGUCCGACUCAUCUCUCACGCGCGAUGACCUUUACGUUACGGGUGAUGCAUGGACAAUGAAUAUGACUCUGUUCCGCGAUAUCCAUGAUCGUGCCGACGAAAAUGGUGUCAUCUCUAUGGAUUUGCUGGCCGACCAGGCUGCCCGCCGCUGGGAGUACAGCGUCGCACACAAUCCAAACUUCUACUAUGGUCCUGUUACCGGAAUGGUUAGCCGCAACGCCGGUUACUUUUUCCUUGGCCGGCUGCUGUCAAACCACACGGCCGAACACCCCGAUGGUAUUCUCACUCAAGAGGUCUUCCGUAAAUUCUUUGGCGUCUACGAGGGAAACAAUGGAACGUUUGAGUACCGCAAAGGCCACGAAACCAUCCCUGAAAACUGGUACCGCAAGCCGAUCGAAUAUGGCCUUAUUCCUCUCAAUCUCGACAUUGUAAGCUGGGUCAUGAAGCACCCGGUCCUUGGCAGCAUCGGCGGCAACACCGGCACUGUAAACUCGUUCACUGGUGUCGAUCUCGGUAACGUUACGGGUGGCGUGAUAAAUGUGACUUCCUUGCUCGAAAACAACAACCUCCUCUGUUUCGUGUUUGAGGUGCUCAAGACAUUCUUGCCCAACUCGCUCUCUGGCUUACUGGCCACCCUUGAGGUCCCGAUCAAAUUGGUAACCGAUACCCUUGCCGCGCCGCUUCUGGAUCUUGCAUGUCCCGCGUGGAAGGAUUUGACAGAGGGUGGCGAGCCGCUAUGGGAUUCUCUUCAGAAGAACUUCCCUGGAGCUCUCAAAGCUGGGUCCAGUCUUUGAGUCAAGCGGUGAAUAGAUAAUGCAGCUUGCGGCUUACUGUAGUAAUCAAUAAUCUUUACCAUACCAUAUACGGGAAAACGCGCUCUGAGUCCAUCGUGAUGUCUUGUAGAAUGUGAGCUGUACAUGUGCAUCGCGUUAAGAUACUGUACUCUAGAAGAUGCGCUGGACGGCAAUGCUUCCCCGGCUGAGAAUCGUCUGACGGCUCAUCGUCGGUCUUGCAGGCCUCGCUGGCACUUGUUUGCAUCCGCCGGAUAUAGUGUGUUGUGGUAUCUCUGACCUGGGAACAGCAAUUUGCAGUCGCACACGGCUGGCAUUGGUAGUUUGUGUGGUG